UUUUUUUGUUUGCAGUGCGUGUUAUACCUGUGGGCGCUGAAGCUAUGCCAUCCUACCACCCUCUUCCUCUUGAGGGGUAACCACGAGUGCAGACAUCUGACCGAAUACUUCACCUUCAAGCAGGAAUGCAAGAUAAAGUACUCGGAGAGGGUGUACGACGCCUGCAUGGAGGCCUUCGACUGCCUCCCCCUGGCAGCUCUCAUGAACCAACAGUUCCUCUGCGUCCACGGCGGGCUGUCUCCGGAGAUUCACAACCUCGACGACAUUAGGAGGCUGGAUCGGUUUAAAGAACCUCCUGCCUUUGGGCCAAUGUGCGACCUUCUUUGGUCUGAUCCUUUGGAGGACUUUGGCAAUGAGAAGAACGCUGAACACUUCAGCCACAAUAGUGUCCGUGGAUGCUCUUACUUUUACAGUUAUGCUGCUUGCUGUGAUUUUCUUCAAAAUAAUAACCUUCUCUCGAUUAUUAGAGCACAUGAAGCACAAGAUGCCGGGUAUCGAAUGUAUAGAAAGAGUCAGACUACAGGUUUUCCCUCUCUCAUAACCAUCUUUUCAGCCCCAAAUUAUCUUGAUGUAUAUAAUAAUAAGGCCGCUGUUUUGAAGUAUGAAAAUAAUGUGAUGAAUAUUAGACAAUUCAAUUGCUCUCCUCACCCGUAUUGGCUCCCAAAUUUCAUGGAUGUCUUCACUUGGUCUCUUCCUUUCGUUGGAGAAAAAGUAACUGAAAUGUUAGUGAACGUAUUGAACAUUUGCUCUGAUGAUGAGCUAAUGUCAGAUGGAGACGAUGCACUAGAAGAAGGUACAGCAGCUAAUCUUCGCAAAGAAGUUAUCAGAAACAAGAUUCGAGCUAUUGGAAAGAUGGCACGAGUUUUCUCAGUGUUAAGGGAGGAGAGCGAAAGUGUGCUCCAAUUAAAGGGGCUGACUCCUACAGGUUCACUUCCUCUUGGAGCUUUGUCUGGUGGAAAGACAUCUUUGAAAAAUGCAUUACAAGGCUUUUCACCGAAUCACAAAAUCACAUCAUUUGCGGAGGCUAAGGGCCUGGAUGCUAUAAACGAGCGGAUGCCGCCUAGGAAAGAUGCUCCACCCUCUCCAGCAUCUGAAGAGAAACCUCCUCCACAACAGCCUCAGCAGCCGACCCAGCAACAAUCACAACAGGACAACUCAUGAGCUAACAUUAGAUCUACAGAGCGACAGCUGUGAGAGAGAAGGCGCGUGGGUUUGUGGGAUGCUCCUCGGGGUCCUCAGCGGGUCUGAGCUAGGCCCCGCCAUCUAGAUCUGACCCCCGCGCGCCAUCAACAACAUUCGCAGCUCUCUAGUCAACCCGCCAACAAUGGAAGCUUUAAUUAAAGCAAUAGGUCUAUCCUGUCUAUACUGUCUUACUCUCUACUACAUCUACAAACAUGGUUUCUUCUUUAUCAUGCACCCUGAGAACAUAUAAAAUAUAAUAAUAUCGCUCGAAUAUUAGAUAACAUUUGUUUACAAUUUUUAUUUUUGUAUAUAUUCAAUUGUUAACACCAUUGUAUAUAUAUUUAUGUCAAAAGACACGUUGACUAGUUAUAUUAGUUUUUUCUCCUGUGAAAAAAAAAAAGAAAAAAUCUUUAUUACGAGGUUUUUGUAAAUAUCGUUUUGUAGUUAGCUCAUCUGAUUGUUUAAUUUACAUUUCUUUUAAAUUUAAAUUACAGUGGGGAUGAUAUCUCUCUUGCCUUCAAUAUCCCUCAUCCAGUCUUCAAUAAAUUUAAUAUAUUGAUUUAAACCUUUCUACAAGCAAAUAUAUAUACUAUUGUAUUUAUAACUAUAUUGUAAUCUAAGGUUUUUUUCAUAAAAGAAAAACUUAACAAAAAAAAAACAAAAAAAACUAAAAAGAGCCUUUUUAAAUCCUUUUUAGAUCUAUAAUCGAGUGUUUGUUAACUUGCAAAGCAAAUCUGUGUUACUAUACAAACCUAAUGCUGUGCUGGUAUUUUUAAUUAUUUGUUUGUGUAUUAAGGGGAAAUUUCAAUGUUUACAACUAAGUCGAUGGUGCGAUCAAGAUUGGUAUAGGUGAUUUUUGAACUGAACCACCUCAUUACUUGGUUAUUGAACCACAUAUGUAUAUUAUUAAAUAUGUGUGUGAGUGCGUGUAUGUACAUAAACAAACACAUGAAUAUCUGUUAAACCCUCCUCUUCCCCAUUUCUCCUUGUAUUUUUAUAUCAAAGUUUAAUUAUUUAACGACUUCUCGUUUAAUAAACAGAUUUCUAUUGAAAAAAAAAUUAAAUUUAAUAAAAAAAAUUAUAAAAUUUUUAUACGUCCACGAAACAUUCGCUUUAUUUCUGCCGCACUUCUUUUCAAUUGUCUUGUAAUAUAAACUACUACUUUGAAUACAGUGGUCAAUAGAGAUGCAAGUGUCGCUAAUUAACAAUAUUAACUUAAUAUCUAAUUAAAGAUUUCAUAAGCUGGAAUGAUAAGUGGAAACUUGAUUUAGCACAAAAGCAUUUUAUAACGUGUAACUUGUUUUAUAAAAUAAUGGAAUGAUACACAACUAUUUAUAUAUAUUAUAGUGGCUCCUUACUUGCACUCUUGUGUGCUCUUAUCUCAUUAACAACAAUUCGUCUUUGGGACUUCAAACUCAUAGCGGAUAUUUGUCUCGAAUAAUUGCCUUUUAUCUCUACUUAAUUCCAACUUAAUCUAUCUCUUUAUAUAAUUAAAUAUACAUUAUUGUAUUCUAAAAACUAGAAACCCAAACUAUAAAUAAGGUUUUAAGUAGGUGCAAAAUUAUACACUUAUGAAGAUAUUUCAUCCUUUAGAAAUAACUAACUAUAAUAAUUGAUAAUGUUUUUUUAAAUAAGAUUGCUUUAGGUCCCCUUUCUGGCUCCAUUUAUAUUAGGCUGGCUUCUCAUUUAUUUUAUCAUAUGUAUUUAAUGUUUUUAAAAACUGGCCACAUUAAAAAAAAAAAAAAAAAAAAUGGUCUCUGUUACAGCUGAUAUGCCAAUAAAAUCAGAAUAAAUCAUUGAACAUAUUUUUACCCAUCCUUGACUUUAUUUUAUGAUGUUGUAUAAUUUGGAAUUAAUUGAGAGGAGAUGGGUCUCAAAGAGCGUACCUUAAUAAGAGCAUGGUCCAUGAUUUUUAUUUCAUGUACUGUCAAUUCAUCUUUUUUAGAAGGGACUCCAUCGCCUCAAACUAAGGAAAGAAUUGUCAUUAUCUUUCUAUACAGUUAAUUAGGGCUUCUUAUUCCAUUUGUAAAUAAUUUUUUAAUAAAAAUAUCUCUUUAUAAUGGGACGUUUUAAAAUAAAACAUAAAGGUCAAAAUCGCGUCCUUAUUUUCAUAUGUACAUGAACAUAUGACUUCUCUGGCUGCAUUAUUUUGUGUGAAACAUUAAAUAAUGUAUUGCGAUUUAUAAAAUUAUGUAGGAUGAAUCUUUUUAAAUAAUAAUUUUCAAGUUAAACUUUUAAGGAUGUUCGAAUGCCUUUUUUGAAAAAAAGAAAAUGCUAUUGAGUUUUGUAGGAAUUUUUUGCGUGUUUUUAAAAUUUAUUAAUUGUGUAAUUAUAUAAAUACAAUUAAUUAUUAUCAAUUAUUAUAAUGAUCUUUUCUUUUUUUUAAUUCAGAUAAAUUACUUUAUAUAUAUAUAUAUAUAUUUACAUAAAAUACAUUGAAAUGUGAUGUAAAGGCUGCAGUGGUUGAUAGCUGCCAUGCUGUUGCGCCUCUCGUGCCAUAAAUGAAAUUGAUUAUAUGAAUUGGAGUUGUCUUGUCCUGUCAUGCAUGCAUUUGCAUCCAAAUGCCUUCUCGCUUCAACCACUUACUUUCCUUGUGUAAUCAUAUUUUUGUAUGUUUACAUGAAAACGGCGCAAUUUUACCAGGCUGGUAACUGUAAUGAUAAUGUACAAAUUGCAUCAUUUGAACUGAUGCUUAUUUAAAUCUUGUUAGUUGAAUUAUACUGUUUCUCUUAUUUGUUAAACAUUUUAAUUUAAAUAUUUUAUUGUCAAAUGAAUUUGUUAUAUGAAAAUAGUCAAUUAAACUAUUGACUUAUAAUUUAUAUGUAUUUUACAUUUGUUAUUCAAUUUAAUUAAAUGAUUCUUUUUGUUAAUUUAAAUGUAUAUAUUAAAUAUGGUUUAAGGUUAAUUCUAUGAGAAUGAUUUUUUAAAAUAUUUUCUCUUUAUCUGAAUAAAUAUAAAUAAUAUAUAUAUUACUAGUUGAACACACUUAUGAAAUGUAUUCAUGUAAAUACUUUUAAAAUGUAAAUAUUUUGUUAAAGAACAUUAAGACACUUAAUACUCUGAGAUGAAAUAGGUUAUCGAUAAAGGGAUUACUUUCAUACAGUUGAAAAAGAACUCCAUUGGUGGAUUGGUUGUAAAUGUAACAGUAACACACCUUCUCUAACAAGUUAGAAUCUCUUGUCCUCUCUAAGAACUAGCUAACACUUCACUUUUCAUUAGUAAACUUUUUACAAUUUUUCAGCUUGGCAGUAUCUGAAGGCUAAUUUCAUAUAAAAAUGAUAUUAAAUUUUAAAUACUGUGCAUAUAAAUACUUGUUGUAUAAGUGAAUACACUCUCAAGAAAACUUAAUUCUCAUGUGAAAUGUAAAAGGAACGUAAUUUAUAUACAAAUCAAUUGAACACAAUUAUUUAUCAUAAGUAUCUUGUGUACAUAUUUCAGUGCCAUUUUUAUCUAAAUCUCCUCAUCUUCUUUUCAUAUUAUUACAAUUUAUAAUAAUACAAAGUAUAUCUCAAAACUGAAUGAAAGUUAUGUUAACUCACUAAUUCUCGCUGAGUUGCAUAUUUGUUGAUACAAUAAAAGAUUAUUAAAAUAACUACCUAUUAUUUUCUUUUUAUUUGAUAAGUACCAUAUUAGUAAUAAAUUAUUUAAUAUUACAUGGGUGUCAAGAAAAGUCAUUGAAGAAAAAAAAAGUUACGAAAUUUACAAUUAUUAUAAUAUAAUCUGGUUUGGAUUUUUUUUUUUUUUUUUUUUGUCAUUGAAAUUUUGGUGCUAUUGACUUCAAGGACAAUAUUUGGACUAAACUUAUGUUAUCAUAUGAGUUUAUCAUUUGAAUCACGAUAAUUAAUUAUUCUUAAAAAGAUUAUAGAUUUAAUUAAAUCAGUGUUGGGUAAUCAUCAAAUAAAAAAAAUUAAUUUUAAAAGCUUGGUGGCAACUCAUUAAUUUUUUUUAUAGAUGUUCAGUAUCUUUAGUGGCUAUUUUUAGCUGAUAAAUCGGCCUGUUUUGCAUUUGCGUCCUGAGGAGUGCAUUGAAGAAUAUGAAAUAAACAAUACUUUCUGUACAUUUGGGACUUAAUUUAAAAAAUGUGUAUAGGUUUUCGAUUCUUUCAUUUCACUAUUUUAAGUUUUUUUUAUGACUGCCAUCCCAGACCAUCUCUUCUUAAAUAUUAUGCAACGGUCAACCAUUUAAUACUCAAUAAAAACCUAUUAAAUUUUCACCACCUAUCGUAAUUCAAUAAAAGUAUGUUUUGUAAAAAUUUUGAAUUUUUCAAGUGUGUCCCUUAUGAGGUAUUUCAGAUUUAAAAUACCUGAUUUUAGAAAAACCACAAUAUUUGAAGAUCAAUUACAAAAAAAAAAUGUAAUUCUCAGACUAACAAAGAUUUAUAUUUUGAAAACGUUAACAUUUAUCUAUCGAUUUAUUUUUAUUUGUUUAAAAUUAAGUUACAUUUAAAUUGCGCUGGACGGAAAGUGUUGUACAUCUCAUAUUGUUCAACAAUAGUUUAAAGUAAACUAUUCUUUAAUAGUACUCUAAAGUAAACAUAUGUGAAAUGUAAAAUAGGCUGAUACACCAAUAGCUGCACAAAAAAAAAGUUGAUAUUGAAUGCCUGUUUUAAACUCUGAACACAGAACAAAUAUUGGUAAAAAAUAAAUAAAUUUUUAUAAUUUUUAGCAACUUUUUCGAAUUAUUUUUUUCAUUUAAUAUGGAUUGACCCGCCUGUUUUAUUCAGCUCAUGUGGAAGGAUGCAAGCAAACCACCAAUGAAUCCUGAGAUGUUUAUUGGCAGAAAUUGGGUGAAUAACAGAUGUGUUGCAUACCUUUCUAUAUUCUGUCAUCUCCCAAGAGAAAGGGUCCUUUAUUGAAUUUCAUCUUUUUUGUCUGUAUAAUCAAUCAAGGCUUACUUAGCAAGACCAUUUUAAAUCUAAUCUUUAAUUGUAAUUAUUUUAAAAAUCAUUAUCAUAUCAAAGACAAAUAAGAAUUUAAAAACAAUAAAGCGCAAUAUCUCUGAAAUCAAUGUUCAUUCAAAUUUAAUUAUCAUUUAUACCACCAAUUUACAAGAUUCUUAUCAAGAAGUACUGAUUUAUUCCCAAACUUUUAGCUUGACAAAUUUGUUUUAAAACAACAAAAAAAUUAUUUAAUAGACCAUUAUAUACUUAAGAAAUAUGGAAAAUAAGAUAUAUUAAAAGACAUACAUAGACAGAAAAUGAAAUUUUAUUCUGGGACAAAGUCCUCUUAUAAUAACAAUAAUGAACAAAUCUAAAAAAAAAAAAAAUAUAUAUAUAUAUAUAUAUAUAUAUAUAUAUAUAUAUAUAUCUGGUCAAAACUAAGUUGAUAAAGAUUCUAACAGUAUAUACAGUAAUUUAAAUAAUAGUAUGUAAACAAACAAAAAAAUUACAUAUAUGCAAAACCUUGAGAAAAGUACCAUAAAAU